AAGUCCAGCAUCCAAUAUCGCACGAGGACCACGCUCUUCGUUUUCUUGACCGCCCACGCCAAGGACAAAGCUACAUACCGCGCGUGGCUGCUGCAGGACCGAGGCGGAACCGUUGAAAGGCUCGAUCGUUCGGUAGACACUAAGGCCCGCUCGGCCCCUCUUACCCCAGGUGUUUGCUUCUCUUCAGAAGUGCUCACACGAUAUCAGUUGCUCUCCUCUCCAUUGCUUGUGUGAGUUACAGGGCUGCAUCACAACACUUAUUAAUUCAAGACCUCAAGGCACACUGGAGCUGGCUGGCGGAGGAGACAGAUACUCCAUCUUAACAACUUGAGAAGGAAAUCGUGUGAUUGUCGCAACGGGUCAGGGAGGCGAAGACACACCGAACAGCUAUGGCCAUGGCACCAUCCACUGUCCACUUGCUGGGUUUUGCGCCCAAUCGACCGGAGCCCGAGGUUGCUGUAUCCACAGCGCCGUCACACAAUGUGCCAGCGCCACGCACAUCACGGCGAGCAACGAGCCAUUACAACGCCUUUCAAACGCUCUGCUCGCCGGCGAAUGACAAUCCACCAGCGUACAACAUAGCUGUGCGGCAGGGGUUUGUACCCUCUAGUCAUCCGGAAGAGCGCCGUGAGCGGCUUCCCAAGUACACAUGCUCUGUCAACUGCGAGAUGAAGUUCUUACUCCAGCUGGAAUCGAUCAAUCCGCUCCACCCAGUUUCAGAAAGCGAAUGGCGAGACGUAUAUGCUGUGGUUCGCGGCACGAUGCUCAGCGUGUACCGGGUAAAGGAUGGCGGCGCUGGCAGGCUUCUUCGAAGCUACACUCUACAGCACGCCGAAGUAGGGAUGGCGACAGACUCACAGCACACUGUCCUCAUUCCGCAAACGAGACUGGCCCAUCUCAUCCCGUCUGCAGCCCGCAAAAAGGCAUGGCAAAAGGAUCCUGAUCUUUUCCAAGCAGUGCGGCAGCACAUACUGCGCCUACGAAUUGAGACGGACCAAAUCUUGCUGGCAGACUCCUCCGAAGACCGUAUCCAUGCCUUCAUCAAUGCCGUCAGUGCUGGCAUUGACAUCGCACACGCGAUUGACGAGCGUACCGUUCCGAGGCAGAGCACGGUUCCGCGCAGGAGGCAACGGCGGCGUCCUGAAGUGACCGGCAACCUAACCGACCCCGAGCUACUUGCAGAGCAGGAGCGCAUCUUGCGCAACAUGUACCCUGCUUUCGCUCAGCAGGGUGCGCAAACUGCGAGACCAGGGUUGGAACGGGCUACAACCGAAGAUGUGCCAAGCGAGCCCAUGGCCAACACAGCGCGAGAGGAGGACGAGCUCGAUCUGGCCGUGAUGAGGGAAGAUUUCGCCACUCCGCAUGCCCCGGCACAGCAGCAUGAUGAACCAAGAAUCAGACCAGGUAUGUUGCGCCAAACGACCUCGUCAAGCGUUGCAACAACGUACUCUGCAGAGGUUCUGUAUGCCACUGCUCCGGAAAACUUCACAACCGACGGCAAGUGGCGGCCUCCACACCCACGUACGGCCGUACAGAUCCAACGAUAUACGCGUCGCUGCAUGCCCAUUCUGCUUGCCGAAGCUAUACGUGCAAGUGAUGUGCUCAUCUGCAACGGUCGCCGGGUCAAGAUCAAUUGGCGAAUGGAGCUACUUGAGGAGUGGGAGCUUAAGCCUCCGAGCUACAAGUCGCACGACUUCUCCAAACCGUCUACCGGUACGAACGCCAGUUUACAGCGGACGAAUUCGCAAAACUCGCAAUCCGCUUCGGUGUCCCAAUCUUCGCCAACGACAUCAAGGUCUGUUCUUUGUGAACAGACUGACCUCAUCGAGCCCGUCGACACGAGUCUCGCGCACUUGGAGCUAUCCAAGUCCAUCACCCUGACAGAGAAACGCGUCUCAACGGCUGCAACCGUACCGAGGGCGCAAUCGGAAGCAAAGCAGCAGGAAGCGAGACAAGCGGGCGGGGAUAUGCACGGUGUGGUCUUUUGCUUCUAAACGGAGAUUUGUGAGUAUGAUUGUUUGAUAAGCGUUGCAGCGAAGCGGGCAUGUAUGACUUGAGGCAUUCCCUCAAUUGCGUUGAAGCGAUAGCGUGUGUUUAGAACCAUGUGGUUGAAUAAGUUGGAGCGUCUCUGCAAGAUUAAGCGACCAUCUAGUUUAGAGUAUCGAGUAGCAUCAUCGCAACUGUCACUAGCCAACUUCGCUCGGUCCGGAGUCUGAAUGAUCUCUCUCGCUACCCUCGCGCUCACUUCGCUCAGAUUGACGGUCCUGGCUGGCAGCGCGAGCGGCAUGAGGACCAUCCCGUUGCUUAUUCACAGGCUUCGACUUUUUGGCGCUGACAGCCUCGUGUUUGUUUUUCCACAUGCCUCCGUAGCGGUAGUACUUGUGCUCCUCAGCCUUGUCGCCGUCAACGACGCCGCCUGAGACUCGUUUCCAGCAUGAGCCAGGGCACACG